CUUGGCUUGCGACUCAGUUGUGCGUUGCUGUAAAGUCCUUCUGGAAGGCAUGCCUCUGCCUCUAACAAGCCCGGCUCUCUGAGCUCUGAAGAGAGACCCCAGUGAGAGAAGCCAGCCCCCUCCUCCCCCUUUUUAACAGCACGCAGCCAGUCUCUUGUGUGAGCCCUGGCAAAGAUCAGUUCAGUCUCCCUGGCUAUGGCUCCUGCUCAGGCCCAAAUCAUCCAUGCUGGGCAGGCGUGCGUGGUGAAGGAGGACAACAUCAGCGAGCGUGUUUACACGAUUCGGGAGGGGGACACGUUAGUCCUGCAGUGUCUGGUCACAGGACAUCCCCGGCCACAGGUGAGAUGGACCAAAACUGCUGGCAGCGCAUCGGACAAAUUCCAAGAGACAUCAGUGCUUAACGAGACCCUGCGGAUUGAGAAGAUCCAAAGACUGCAGGGGGGCCGCUAUUACUGUAAAGCAGAAAAUGGGGUUGGGGUUCCAGCCAUCAAGUCCAUUCGAGUAGAUGUGCAGUAUCUAGAUGAGCCUGUUCUCACCGUUCACCAGACCAUCAGCGAUGUACGUGGCAGCUUCUACCAGGAGAAGACCGUCUUCCUCCGUUGCACCGUCAACUCCAACCCGCCAGCUCGCUUCAUAUGGAAACGGGGAGCUGAGACGCUGUCCCACAGUCAGGACAAUGGCGUGGACAUCUAUGAACCCCUCUACACACAGGGUGAAACCAAAGUCCUAAAGCUGAAGAACCUGCGGCCCCAGGACUACGCCAGCUACACGUGCCAGGUGUCCGUCCGCAACGUCUGCAGCAUCCCCGACAAGUCCAUCACCUUCCAGCUCACAAACACCACAGCCCCACCUGCUCUGAAACUGUCGGUCAAUGAGACGUUGGUGGUCAACCCCGGUGACAACAUCACUAUGCAGUGCUCUCUGACAGGCGGCGACCCACAGCCAGAGGUGGUUUGGUCUCACUCUCCCGGCCCGAUGCCUCCCAACAGCCUCGUGCAAGGAGGCAACCUCACCAUCUGGAGGAUCCGUGUGGAGGACUCCGGCUACUACAACUGCACAGCCAUCAACAACGUGGGGAACCCAGCCAAGAAGACAGUGAACCUGCUGGUGCGGUCCAUGAAGAAUGCCACGUUCCAAAUCACCCCUGAUGUGAUCAAAGAGAGUGAGACCAUCCAGUUAGGGCAGGACUUGAAACUCUCAUGCCACGUGGAUGCUGUCCCCCAGGAGAAGGUUGUCUACUCCUGGUACAAGAAUGGGAAGCCAGCCAGGUUCUCAGACCGGUUGCUCAUCACCAGGAAUGACCCCGAGCUCCCACCUGUGACCUGCAGCUUGGAGAUAAUCGACCUGAGGUUCAGCGACUACGGCACCUACCUGUGUGUGGCCACCUUCCAGGGAGCACCCAUUCCUGACCUCAGCGUGGAGGUGAACAUCUCCUCAGAGACAGUGCCACCAACCAUCAGUGUCCCCAAGGGUCAGUCCACCAUCACCGUCCGGGAGGGCUCCAGGGCUGAGCUGCAGUGCGAGGUGCGAGGGAAGCCCAAGCCACCCAUCAUCUGGUCCCGGGUAGAUAAGGAAACCCCCAUGCCUUCAGGGACAAUGACGACGGAGACAUACGAUGGGAAGCUGCGCCUGGAGAGUGUGAGCCGAGAGAUGAGCGGGACCUAUAAGUGUCAGACAGCCAGGUACAACGGCUUUAACAUCAGACCCCGGGAAGCCCUGGUGCAGCUCAACGUGCAGUUCCCGCCGGUGGUGGAGCCAGCCUUCCAGGACGUGCGCCAGGGCGUGGGGCGCAGCGUCACCCUGCGCUGCACCAUGCUGAAGGGCAGCCCCAUGAAGGUGGCCACCUCCGUCUGGCGCUUCAACGGGACCCUCCUGGCGCAGCCCCCGGCGGAGCAGCAGGACUACUCGGAGCUGAAGGUGGACAGCGUGAGCCGGGAGACCAGCGGGAACUACGAGUGCAGCAUUUCCAAUGACGUGGGGGUCUCCGCCUGCCUCUUCCAGGUGUCUGCAAAAGCUUACAGCCCAGAGUUUUACUAUGAUACUCCCAACCCCACCUUGAGCCAGAAGCAAUCCAAGAAUUACUCUUACAUCUUGCAGUGGACACAGAAGGAGCCUGAUGCUGUGGAUCCCAUCCUCAAGUAUCGCCUGGAAGUCAGGCAGCUGGCUCAGAGAAGCACCAUCCAAACCUUCAUUCCUGUGCAGAAGAUGGAGAAGGGCCUGCUGCUGGAGCACAUCUUGCCCAACCUGAAAGUGCCUCAGAGCUAUGAAGUUCGCCUGACGCCCAUAACCAGCUUUGGGGCUGGGGACAUGGCUGCCCGCAUCAUCCGGUACAUGGAACCAAUCAGCUAUCCCAACCCAACAGAUAACACCUGCCGCUUCGAGGACGAGAAGAUCUGUGGCUUCGUGCAGGACAAGAUGGACAACUUCGACUGGACGCGGCAGAACGCCCUGACCCAGAACCCCAAGCGCACCGUCAACACGGGGCCCCCCACGGACAUCAGCGGUACGCCGGAGGGUUAUUACAUGUUCAUCGAGGCAUCUCGGCCCCGGGUGACGGGAGACAAAGCCCGGCUGAUCAGCCCCCUCUACAACAUUACGGCCAAGUACUACUGUGUCUCCUUCUACUACCACAUGUACGGCAAGCACAUCGGCUCCUUGAAUCUGCUGGUUCGUGUGCGGAACAAGCGGGCCAUCGACACCCAGGUGUGGUCACUCAGCGGGAACAGGGGGAACAUGUGGCAGCAAGCACACGUGCCCAUCAACCCACCAGGACCCUUCCAGAUCAUCUUUGAAGGUGUCCGGGGCACAAGCUACGAGGGGGACAUUGCCAUCGAUGAUGUCACUCUGAAAAAGGGGGACUGUCCGAGGAAGCCAAUUGGACCAAACAAGGCGGUUGCUCUUCCAGGAAAUGGUGUCCCAGCCCUGCACAGCCCUUGUCUUUGUGGCCCAUUGACUUUCUUCCUUUACGUGCUGCUCAGAUGAUGGCAAGCGAGCGCUCCUGUCUUCGGACCGAGACAUUCCUGCUCCUUUCCUACUCAGCCACCUCUGCUCCUCUUCCUCCCCUCCUCACUGGCACACCAAAGUGUCCAUACGUUACCAAAGACUGACAGGCAUGACCACGCAAAGGGAUCUGGCUCAGAACUGGAGCACUCCUUGAGAAAGUCGUAAUGUCUAAAACAAAAUUAAAAAAAUAAAGACAAGGUCUUUUUAAAAGCACGUGCACAAGAGAGUGAGAGAAAGAGAGGAAGGAAGGAAAGAAACAGAAAAACAGGAAAGAAGGAACGAAAGACAAAAAAUAGGAAUGAAGAAUUGUGAAGAGCAACUAAAGGAGGAAAAAAAACACCCCCAUGGUUCCUCGGGAAUGUCGGACAGGGCUUCCUCAGGGAAGUGGGAACUUGUUUUAAACAAACAAACAUACAAACAAACAAAAAAUAUAUUAAAGCACAAAUUUCUACCAGAACAGUUACCUUCUUUACUGCAGAGCCCACGGCUUCGUGGAUGACACACCGCAGUGCUCCCCUCGGCGCCCCGUGCUCCCCUGCUGGCUGGGGCUGCCCUGCAGCACCGCAGCGGCAGCCCCACGUGCCGGUGGCCGGAGCACCUUGCCUCGUCCGCAUGUGCUUCAGUGUCUCCAUCCACCCUCAUCCUCCAGGCUCCCAUGUAUUUAAUUGCCCCCCCCUACACCCAGUGUGGUUUGCUUUGGCUCGCGCUGCUGUCCUGUCCCCACCUCUCUGUGCUUCUCGCCCGGCGGCCUGAAGAAGACGGAGCAGGAAUGGACCCAUCCCAUGGACCAUGCUCAGGGGUGGGGGAGGCCCGGCUGGAGCCGGCCGUGGUGCUGGCCUCAGCCUCGUUCCCUUUCUCAGCACCUCCGGCUGGGUGGAGAAGCUGUGAGAGCAGGUCUGAGCUGCAGACAGAAAGGUCUCUCAGCGGGGCUGAGGGAUGCGCUGGGGUGGGGUGGGAUGGGAAAGGGGAAGGUGUUGCACAUUGGCUUCCCCAGACUUAAUUUGGGAUACGAGCCGCCUCAGCCCUAAGCCCAGGAUUGCUUCUCUGUCUGUCUCAUUAGUUAUUUAUUCUAGUCUUUAAUUCCUUUGCCUAACUCCCCAACACCUGAGCAUUUUGGGUUAUGGGAAGGGUCAGGCAUCUCAACCUCCUCCUGCCAAGCAGCAGGCCCCGUGCCCACGAGGCAGCCCCUGGUCAGAAAACUGCUGAGGCCUUAUCUGCAGAGAUUGUGAAAUGUGGCAACAGCACCGCUGCUCAGGGGAGAGGUGGCUAGGUUUUGUCAGCACGUGCAGUCUUAGGGCUACUCUGCUCCCACUGGCAACGAAAUAGGUUGAGGAGCUGCAGGGUGGGACAGGCAGGAAAGUGCCCCAAGGAAGGAUGGAGGCAGGAAGCUGGACUAGAAAAAGGGACUCGUGCUGAGCUCUGCUGCUGUUUGUCCCUGAGACACAUGGGAACAAACAGGGAGUGGGGGCUUCGUCUUCUUUCUGCUGGCAUCAGGAAGGGGUAAAGCUGGUGUCUCUGCAGCAGACCUGGCCUGCUCAGGGUGGAGGCACAUGCUGCUUCAGGUGAAGCCCCAGGAGAAGGGACUGCCCAGCACUGUGAGAGCCUUGCUGCUACUGGAAGCAGCUCUGGGCAUGAUUUGGCUCCCUGCACGGGACAGAGUUGGCCCCAUAGUGCUGUGGACUGGGGCUUACCAGCCUGCUAUAUAAACAGGAUUUCUCCCCCUAAGGGGCACCCCACCUGAACUCCACACCCGGGGCACCACAGAUGUACAAUGAACUCCCUCACCACCCCCCGUACCCAUGGCUCUCUCCCCAUUUCUAAUGACCACAUCAGCUUCCCUGAGACAGCUGUGUUUGUCCAAAACCACCUGAAUGUACUGGCUGCCUCCUGCGCUGCUCAGCUUCUGGAAACGGCUGGUGCCUCCUUUUCUCCACAGAUGGAGGGGAAAAGCUUCUGUUUCACUCCCAAGAAAUGCAGUCUGAAGUCCUCAAACCCAGCUGUCUUUGCUCCUGGGCAGGAGUUCCUCUGCACUAACACCUCCCAUCCAGCUUUGGAGAGAGAAAAGGGCAUCAGCUCUGGGGGACGAGGGGAACGCCUUCACAGGGGGCCUUGCAAGACAGGUGAAAGGGAUGAGAGGGCCUUGAUCCUGUUGCUCUUCUCCACUUCCAGGAAUGAUCCCUAUCAUCUGCUCUGUCUCCGUUCCUCCCUCCAGAGCCCAGACCUUGAUCACACUGAAUAUCUGACCAGGAGAUCUGUGGCAGUCUCCCAGGGCCAGGCAGCGCUGUGGGAUGUUGUGUGUGCCUAGAGCAACUCAGCUUCUUGCUGUCUGUUGCCGUUUUCACAGGCAAUCGGUGCCCUUGUCAUCUCUUAGCUGAGCUCUUUCCGUCCAUUGCUCUGCUCUUCCUGUCCUCAGUGUUUGCUGGAGGCCAGAAUUCACCACUCUGCCCCUGGCAAGAGCUCAGGGCAACCACCUCACCUCCCAGGCCUUGAGGCAGAGCCCCUCAUGGCCUUGCUCCAGCACUGGUGGAACAUACCUGCGAGGAAGGGUGUAAAUGCCUCACAAGCUGACCCGUGGCCAUGGGUCCAGGGCAGAUCCAGCAGCUCGCCCCAGCCAGAGGUGAAGCCUUCUCCUGCUGCCAGGAGCAGGCGUGCCUCUUGCCAGCACAGCAGCUUCAGAAACAGUCUCAGGGAGCCCCUUCCCACUUAGAGCUCUUCUCCUUUACCUCUGGCUUGAAAGCAGCUGCUGGCGAGUUUGGGGGAAAGUCAUUAACCCAAGUGCCUCGGCUUGUCAGAAGUACCGAGGAAGAAAGGAAGGACCUCAUUUCCCUGGCAGGUGUGCAGAGAGAGCGUAGUAGAGGAAAGAGGCACUUCAGCAGCAAGGAUGAGAAGCUGUGCAGCGAUGGAGGGGGUCUGUUUGUGCGUGUGUGUGUGUGCUGUGGUGGAGGGGAAGGCUCCAUCCCUGCUCUCCAAGGGCAGUGGUAUUUGGGGUUUGCUACCCCAGCCCCACGCUUGAGGGGGCAAUUCCUCUCGAGGAGGUAAUGCACCCCAGGUGAGACAUAAAGCCAUGCCCCUUACCCCUCACAAUUAAAGACCCCCUCACAAUAUUCGCAGUGUUCUGGCUAAAUAACUGUCCUUAAACUUAAUUACAGACUGUCUUCUUAAAUAUCUGUUGCAGUCCCAACUGGGUACAUUAUGUUUCUCUCCCUGAUGUUUUAUGUUGCUGUGUGCCUAUCGAGUAGCUGCUUUAUUCCGCUCCAGAAGUGGCUGCAUUUCAGUGAUGGUGGAGAUUAUUCCUGUACAUAGAAUGAAAGUCCCUGCAGAAGAAAAGUGCAAUAUAAAUUUAAGAGACUGCUUUUAUUUACAAGGAGACCUCUGCUUGGUAGUUGUAGAAAUACAUUAGGAAGAAUGCUGUGUGGGUGUUAGCCGAUAUAUACUCCAUUUCUUUUUUUUUUUUCUUUUUUUUUUUUCUUUUUUUUCCAGAGUAUAAAACAGAAAAUAUGUGAGUGUGCAGGCUCCUGGGUAUAAGCUGUAGAUAUUAGAAGUAGUGACUGCUACUGUGUAGUUACAAGCGGGGCUUACAAAGAAACUUUCAUUUGAAACCUCUUUUUGUAGUUGUUCAUUGUAUUCUGAAAAGAAAAAAAAAUACAGUUUUUGUAUUAUAA